AUGGGGUUGAAUGACUCGUACAGUCAAGCUAGGAGUCAGAUCUUGAUUAUGAAUCCUACACCAACUAUUAAUCAAGCCUAUGCCUUAAUCAUCAAUGAUGAAAGCCAAAAGUUAGCUGUUGCUGCCUCUAGACUAUUGGGUGCAAAUCUAACCAUGUCUGCAAAUCAUUAUGAUGUGGUUAUGCAUACCAGAACUAGACAUGGAGGAAAUCAGAAAUUCAAGAAGAACUACAAUAUCCAAUGUGAUUUCUGCAAAAUGAAAGGACAUAAUAAAGAAAAUUGCUGUAAAAUUGUGGGGUAUCCUCCUGAAUUUAAGAAUAGGAAGAAAGGGAAAGUUGGAAAUGCAGUACAUAGGAAAGCUCAAUUACAAUAUGGGACAAGGAGCUACUACUUAGCUGAAUGUAAUGCAGUAGGUAUUAGUACUGCUUGUUUAGCUUCUACUAGUCUACAAGAGUGGAUAAUCGACACUGGUGCUAUCAAUCAUAUGGUAGUUGACAUAGGUCUGUUGAACAAAGCCUCCAUUAUGCAACCACACUAUCCAAAGAAAGUGUUCCUACCUAAUGGAGAUAUCACACAUGUGGCUCACACUGGUUCCAGUAAUAUCUCUAAUAGAAUCACAAAUCUCUUCAAUGGGCAGGGGAGAGUGAUUGGUAGAGAAGACAUACAUGUUGAUUUAUGGGGGCCUUACAAAUUACCUACAACUGAUGGAAGCAAAUACUUCUUAACAGUGGUUGAUGACUAUACUAGAUUUAAUUGGAUAUAUCUGUUGAAAUUGAAGUCUGAUGUGAGCACUAUGCUACAGAAGUUCAUUGCAUUUGUCAGAACCCAGUUUGAUAAGCUAAUCAAGGUAAUCAGAACAUAUAAUGGUACUGAAUUUGUAAAUUCGAAAUCUAAAAAGCAAACAACUGUGCCAAAAAGCUCAGCAGAAGUAGAAUAUAGAAGCAUUGUUGCCACAAUGGCAGAACUAAUCUGGAUGAUUGGCUUACUAAAAGAAGUUGAUUUUCAGAUCAAACUACCUGUUGAGAUUUACAGUGAUAAUAAAGCUUCUAUGCAGGUUGCAACCAAUCCAGGAGCCGCAGGUGCGAGGGUCGCAUGCACGGAAGGUGGCCGCAGACGCGGAAUUUUGGAAGGUGGGGAUCGAGCGCAGGUGCGCAAGCUUGGCCGCACCUGCGAGCCCGCAGGUGCGAGGAAUAAGGCGCAGGUGCGGGGUCUGGGCGUUUGA